AAAAUAUUUGAAAUAGAAGAGGAAAGCAUUUUGUAAAGAAAAGAAAGAGAAAGAAGAAAUGGAAAUAACUCUAAACAAUGGCUUCAAAAUGCCAAAGAUGGGGCUUGGAGUUUGGCGAAUGGAGAAGGGAGAAAUCAAAUAUCUCUUUCUCAACGCCAUUCAAAUCGGUUAUCGCCAUUUUGACUGCGCCGCUGACUAUAAAAGUGAGCCUGAAAUAGGUGAGGCACUAGCAGAAGCCAUAGAGAGUGGACUUGUGAAAAGGGAAGAACUUUUCAUUACCUCCAAGCUAUGGAACUCGGACCAUGGACAUGUUCUUGAGGCUUGCAAGGACAGCUUGAAGAAACUUCAACUACAAUAUUUGGAUUUGUAUCUUGUGCACUUCCCAGUAGCCACAAAGCAUACAGGAGUGGGCAAUACCAGUAGUGCAUUGGGUAAAGAUGGGAUGUUGGACAUUGAUACAACCAUAUCUUUAGAAACCACUUGGCAUGCCAUGGAAGAUUUGGUUUAUGCAGGUUUAGUUCGUAGCAUUGGGAUCAGCAACUAUGACAUAUUUUUGACAAGAGAUUGUUUGGCAUAUUCAAAAGUGAAGCCUGCAGUGAACCAAAUAGAAACACAUCCUUACUUUCAAAGAGAAUCUCUUGUCAAAUUUUGUCAAAAGCAUGGAAUAUGUGUCACUGCUCAUACUCCUUUAGGAGGUGCUGCAGCAAAUCCUGAAUUUUUUGGUGCAACUUAUAAUUGUCUCGAAGAUCCUCUUCUUCAGGAACUGGCGGAGAAAUAUGGGAGGAGCCCUGCUCAAAUUGCCCUAAGGUGGGGAAUUCAAAGGGACACUGCGGUUAUACCGAAGACUUCAAAAUUGAAGAGAUUGGAAGAGAAUUUGCAAGUUUUUGAUUUUGAGCUUAAAGAGGAAGAUAUGGAUCUCAUCAAAAAUAUUGACAAGAAAUAUCGAACCAAUCUGAUAUCAACAUUGGCUUGGGGCAUGGAUAUAUAUGCUUAAUUCACUGUAAAUUAGGGUUCUUUCGUAACUUUGCGGAGGGAUAUUAAAAUCUCUUUGUAGCUGAAUAAUUUAACAGAACUCUAAAACUUAAUUUACUUGAAAAGUUAAAAAUACAAUUGCUUUGAAAAAAAAUACAUAAACUAAUUUUCUAUAACCUAAAGGUUGAGCUUGGCUUUUAUAUACAAAAAAUAAAUAAAUAAAUUACAGAGAACAACACUUCUAUGUA